GUUGACUUGUACAGUCACUUUCAUAGUGGCAUCCUUUUUCAUUCAUGUAUGGUUCAUUGGGCCAAGUCCAGCCAAACUUUGGCGCGCCAGGCUCUGAGCAAAAUUGGUAUUGCACUCUUUUUUUGUGCCCAGUGGCAACGACGUGCAGACGCCGUUUGCUGCUAAUUGCCAUAUGAAGCAGCAAUCCUACUAACUAGUUCCCAAAUUCAGCGAAACGCUUACUCCAAUAUACUCUUUCGAGAUUAGGAUUCCUUCUAUCUGAAUACCUCUCGACACUUUCACUGCCCAUAUCGAUCACUUCCCCCCCCCCUCCCCCCCCCCUUUGGGUAAUCAGAGUGUUGUAUCAAUGGCUACCGAAGCCAGUUCAGAUUGGAAUGCGACAGCCAAAGCUGUGCUGCUACCUGAGAUUGGGUCCGAUGGCAUUGCUAGAGAAUCACCGGUCAUUGCUUACACCGAAAAGAUAAUUGAGGCAGAGCAGCUUCAAUUAAGAAAAUAUAUUGAUGAAAAUUACUCCAAGAUCCGUGAUGUUGAGAAGGAACUGGCAAACCUGACAAUGGAGAUGAAACUUACAGCUGGGCCUAAGAAAGCAGCACUUGAACACAUGAGAAAGAAAAUAGAAGUGUCAACAGAAAAAAUCCGAAUUGCUAAGCUGAAGGAAGAACAAGCACGAAAGGCAUGGGAAGCAGCAUCAAAAGAUGUUAAGGAUGAGGAGGAUUUCAAGCAAAAGCUUUGUGAGGACUUGAAUAAUCUGGUUCGUGAAAGUAGUAACACUCAGCUAGCUAGAUUGGAAGAACUAAAAAGGAAGCUGGAAGCUUUAAAUCCAAGCAGAGCAUCCACAUUCUCUUCCUUGGAUCUGAAUUCCGUGAGCCCUGCACCGAGCAGUAUGACUCGAGAUGUUUCCUCAGUUCAAGGUACGCAAGAAUCAUCAAAUAGAUCAUCUGAAAUUACAUUGAAAGAAGGAAAUGCUAGAAAUGCUGCAGCAGAAAAUGGACAAAACCAAUAACCUGAAUCAAGAGGAAAGAAGAAAAUUAAUGCCCAAGGAAGAAGGAAAGGAAUUGGCAUAGUACCUAAAAGUAGAGGUGCAGCACCACCUGGUUGGACGGGGGCUGGGUUUGAUGUGGAUGGUAGAAGUUGAUCACAGUUAUGCUUCGAUUAAAAAGAGGAAAAAGAUUGGAGGCCAUGUUCGUGACUAAAUGAGCGUAGUGGAACUUUGCCGAUUGGACUAGUUUAAGAGCUACAUUGUGACUUCGACUUCGGUUUGUUUAAGGAAUAAACUGGUUGAGUCAAGUGGUACAGAAGGCCUUCCUUUUUGAAUAUGGUUCCCGAGAUGAAUAAGAUUACCUUUUAGAUGCGACUCUUGUUCGUAGCUCAUUAUCUGCAGAUGCACUUGGAAAAAAUCAUGUGACCAUACAUCAAACUAGCUGCAAGAACUGCCCAGUUUGUGCCAAUAGAAGCUGUAUUAUGUGAAGGUGUCAAAUAAUAGUGCUAGUAAUGACUCUAUAAUAUGCAGUUAGUAGAUGAUUAGUAAGAUAUGCUUUUGCUCAGGGCACAACAAAUUUCUUCUCCUUGUUUUCUGUUGAUUUUGAGCUAUCAAUUCUUUUUCCUUUUUAGGUAGAGGUACUAUAAUAUUACCCUAUAUUGUUGUUCUUGUAUAAGUAUAUCAUUGCAUGACUAUGCCCUGUUGCUACCCA